UGGAGGCCUGCCAAUUUCUGCCUCUUGGAGUUGGAGUACCUUCCUUUUUUCCCCUCCUCGAUAUAUAGUGGCUUGAGCUCCUCCACACACUCACAAUCCCCUCUUCUUCCUUUCUUCCUCCCUCCAGCCAUUUUCCUUUCUCCUCCCAACCUUGGUUGUGUGCUUAUCAGAAGUUUUUUGGCUGAUAAUCCAUAACCCACAUUGCCUAAUUAAUCCACUCGUAAGUGUGGAUUAGUGGGCGCUUAAGCUGCUACCCUGUACAUUAUACAUUUCUCUCUGUCUCUGUUCUUCCCCUGUUUGAGCAGAGAUAAGAGUAGCCGCCUGUUACUGCAUUUACUGAAAAAAGUGACAAAAAAAAAAAAAAAAAAAAAGAACAACCCAGUUCUGCUGUGUAAUUAUACAGAGUUAUGGAGAAGUCUGCGAGGCGCGUUUCAGCUGCUGCUCCCCUGCUUCUUCUGUUCUUACUCUGCUCUUUCCCCUCUGCUUUCGCCGGCCAUGACUACGGCCAGGCUCUCAGCAAGAGCAUUCUCUUCUUCGAAGCUCAGCGCUCUGGGUUUCUCCCCCAUAACCAGAGGGUCACUUGGAGAUCUAAUUCUGGCCUCAAUGACGGCAAAGCCAGUGGGGUAGAUCUGGUCGGAGGUUACUACGACGCCGGCGACAAUGUGAAGUUCGGCCUCCCCAUGGCGUUCACCGUCACGAUGAUGUCGUGGAGCAUUAUCGAGUACGGCAAGCAAAUGGCUGCCAGCGGCGAGCUUCGCAACGCCAUGGACGCUAUCAAGUGGGGAACCGACUACUUCAUCAAAGCUCACCCGGAACCUAAUGUUCUCUACGGAGAGGUAGGGGACGGAAACACUGACCACUACUGCUGGCAAAGGCCCGAGGACAUGACCACCGACCGCCGCGCUUACCGGAUCGACCCCAGCAAUCCCGGGUCGGAUCUCGCCGGCGAGACAGCCGCCGCGAUGGCCGCCGCCUCCAUCGUCUUCCGCCACUCCAACCCGGCCUACUCCCGCGAGCUUCUCAAUCACGCUUAUCAGCUCUUCGAUUUCGCCGACAAGCACAGAGGCAAAUACGACAGCAGCAUCACCGUCGCCCAGAAAUAUUACCGCUCCGUCAGCGGCUACAAUGAUGAAUUGCUGUGGGCUGCAGCUUGGCUCUACCAGGCUUCCAACAACCAGUACUAUCUGAACUACCUUGCAGCCAACGGCGACGCCCUCGGCGGCACCGGCUGGGGCAUGACAGAGUUCGGCUGGGAUGUCAAGUACGCCGGUGUUCAAACCCUGGUCGCCAAGUUCUUGAUGCAAGGGCGAGCCGGCCAGCACGCCGCAGUCUUCCAGAAGUACCAGCAGAAGGCAGAGUACUUCAUGUGCGGCUGCGUCGGCAAGGGAAGCAGGAACAUCCAGAAGACACCGGGGGGCUUGAUCUUCAGGCAGAGAUGGAACAACCUGCAGUUCGUCACCAGCGCGUCUUUCCUCGCCACCGUCUACUCCGAUUACCUGACUUCGGCUCGCAAGUCGCUGCAGUGCUCUGCUGGAAGUGUAUCUCCUUCGGAACUGUUUGGUUUCGCCAAGUCUCAAGUGGACUACAUUCUUGGUGACAACCCUAGGGCCACGAGCUACAUGGUUGGGUACGGCAACAACUACCCUCAGCAAGUUCACCACAGGGCGUCGUCGAUCGUGUCGUUCAAGAAGGAUCCUAGGCCGAUCAGCUGCCGUGGUGGGUACGCCACUUGGUUCAGCAAGAAAUCGAGCGACCCGAAUUUGCUUACCGGUGCCAUUGUUGGUGGUCCUGAUGCUUAUGACAAUUUCGCUGAUCAGAGGGAUAACUAUGAGCAGACUGAGCCUGCUACUUACAACAAUGCUCCUCUUUUGGGGAUUCUUGCUCGUCUUGGUGCAGGCCAUGGUGGUUACAACCAGCUCCUCCCAGAGGUUGUUGUUCCUGCUCCAAGAGCACCCACUAGAGCUCCUGCUGCCAAACCUGUUACUCCUGCUCCAGUUUCAACCUCUGCGCCUAUAUCCCUAGUCCAGAAGGUGACUGCUUCAUGGAAAUCUGAAGGGAAAACAUACUACAGAUACUCCACCAUUCUGACCAACAAGUCGCCCAAGGCAUUGAACAGUCUGAAGCUAUACAUUAACAAGCUCUACGGUCCAAUCUGGGGUUUGACGAAAUCCGGAAACUCUUAUGGCUUCCCAUCAUGGAUCAAGUCACUGCCAGCUGGGAAAAGCCUCGAGUUUGUCUACAUUCAUUCUGCUUCUGCUGCAGAUGUCUCUGUUUCUGGCUAUACAUUGGUUUGAGGAAGAAGGUAACGCAAAGAAAAGGGUUGGAAAGCAAAACCAGAGACGAAUUACGGCAUUGUGAAUGUAAGAAACUGUGCAGCUAUAUAUAUAUACUUCGUGGAGGAACGACAGAAGUAUUUGCAGGAAGGAAGGUCCAAAUUUUUCUUUGGCUACCUUCCACCCUCCUUUCUAUUUAAGUUUUUACUAUUAUGGGAUUUUCUCUGCAACUAUAUCAUGUAGUGACAGUAGACGAGAAGUGGGGGAAAAGGGUUUCUCCAUAAGGUUGAAGAUUGGAGGAUGAAAGGAGUGAAGAGACGAUGGGUUUGAGGGAAGAAAGGAGAAGUGCUCAUCCUCUUUCACCUCCUGCUUCACCACAACAGUACUCUUGUCGUUGUUGUUAUAUAGGUCUAUAUCUAUAUAUAGUGGUUUUGAGAGAAAGGGAGGAUGAUUUGUUUGGUAGUGAGUGAGGAGUAUGGGGGAGGAAAAGGCUUCUCUCAACUUCUGAAAUUGCUGUUUGGAUGUCUUUUGUUACUUUACAGCUUUUUUUUUUUUUUUUGUCUUUGUUUCCCUUGUUGUAAGCUCUACAACACACUUUGAGGGUUGUGAAAAUGUAGUUUGUGAUAAUCAACACUAUUGUCUCACGUUGUUCCUUGCCUUGUCUAACAC